CCAUGGUCAGCGCUAUAAUGCUCGCCGCGUUUGCGAUGCUCUUUUGCCCAUCGCAGAGCUUCCGCCUGUCAAGUCUCCCGACUGCUAUGAUCAGAUACAAGUCUGUUGCAGACGUUACGCCAACGACAAGACCGGUCGUCUCAAGGCGUAGUUUGUGCAAGUUGAGUUGUCAGGCAGCGACAGGAAUGUCAGACGAGGAGGAGGCGUCAAAGUCUUCUGUCCAUGAUGAUUGUAAUACUCUGAAGAGCAAUCUUUUAUUGGCUUGCUGCUUGUGUGAUCGAGGAUUCUCUGCGACAAUGAAAGAGAGAGACGAGAUAUCGAAAUUGAUCUCAAAGUUGGAACGGAUAAAAUAUUUCUCCGAACCAACCUUAGGCGUCAAUGGAGACAACGAAGUUUGUCAUCUCAAGGGUGUUUGGAGACUUGUGUACACGUCUGCCAUCGAUGUACUCAACCUUGCAGCGAGUCCUUUCACAUCUGCUGGAGCAAUCUAUCAGGAUAUCAGGCGACCGCCCGAAAUCGUCAACGUUAUCGACCAGGUUCCGCGUGCAUUAUCCUUGCUACCUCCCUCAAGGUCCAUUGAGAGUACAUUGAGAUUGAAAGUCACGACGCGAGCCAAGGCAAGAAGCCCCACGAGAGUGGCGUUAAGCUUCGAGAGGGUGAAAGUUGAACCCCGCACGCUGCUCGGGCAAGACGUCAGUUUUCUCCCCUCGCCGCAGAUUGAUCUUCCAAGAAUAAGUCUCUUCGAUGGAAGCGAUGAGAGUCCAGCAUACUUCGAUAUACUUUUUCUCGACAAGGAUUUAUUGAUUAUCAAGCAAAAUACAGCUGGGCCUGGAGUUGAAGGAGGAAUCUUUGUUUCAAGAAAGGUUGACCCCGAGGAGGAGCCGAUCCCUUUGUAGACCCAAAUGUAGCAUACUCUUCUUAGAGGAAAUUUGUUCCUUGGUCAUUCAAAGAAUGAUUCACUGGUG